AUGAAUGAGCUACUCUGGCGAUUAAACUCGUAUAACUAUGGCGAGAGCCCUUCUGGCUACUACGGCGGUGGUCAGCACUACCAUGCGAACUACAGAGGUGAGAGCUACGCCCCACAGCGAGGGGGUUACUACAACGGGGGUCGCGGCGCGCACUCCGAUGGCUAUGCCAACCGCUACGAGAAGCGCCACAACUCCGGCUCGCGCGACCGGUGGACGCCUUCUUUGGCGCAGGGCGAGCGCCCUCUCGAGGCCCCCGCGCCGCCAUCUCCCGCGUAUGAGCCGGCCCGCCCCGCGCCCUCCAGGUUCCGCUCCACGGAGUCGCCAUUUUACUACCUCACGGGUCUUGACCAGUCCUCGGAAAACGAACAAGAGCUCCUACGGAUACGCAACCUUUUCAAAGAAGACGACUCCAUCGACGCCAGGUUGCAGGAGCAGAAGCUGCAGCUGUGCAAGAGCGAGCUGGAACUGGGCCUGCUGAGCACUCAGUGCGAAAAGGACGCCCUCAACGUCCAACUGACCCAGGAAAACCUCGACGCGCUGCUUUUGAUGCAGUGA